AUGUUAGACCAAAAAGCUGAAAGGAGGAAUCUCCUCCUCACAGUUUCACCGAAUAAGGAGCAGCGCAGCAAGGGGAACGAGUCCACGGCUGCCAGUUCGAACUGCACAUCAAAGGAUGGGGUACAACUUCUACCACCAGAAAACGACCGUUGUGCAGCGGUUGUUGUUCCUACCUACACGCGGACCACCUCGUUCCCAUAGACCACCCAUACAUCUAUUUGUAUUUGAUUUUUCUCCUUCAUCCAAGAACAUACAAUAUUAAGACUUCUCUCUUUCUAACUGCCUUGCAUCACUUCUCUCUCCAUUUCAAGAAGACGAACCAACAUAAAACAGAGUCGCUUGGACAGUUUGUCACGGAGCUUUGCUUCAGAUGGCAGCGUUAAAGCCGAUUCUCAAUGCGAGUUCAUGGAAGCACGGCAAACGAUUCUUUUACUCGAUUGGGAUGAUACAUUGUGCCCUAGCAGUUUUUGCCGCCACCAGCUUCCUGAACAGCUUAUCUGCAAGGUUUGGCAAGAAUGCUGCAACUUACCCGACGACGGAACUGACCCUGCAGCAAGCGUCUCACCAUCAAAGAAAGUUAUGAGGCUAUCAGAAAUCUUAAUCUGUUUCUUUGUUUCCUAGUGGUAUUGAUUUUGGUAGAGGAAAGAACCAUUGUUUUUUCCGAUCCGCAUGUUCUGCUUCUAGUAGGACGUCAAGGUUUCUUGGUAUUGAAGAAAAAGCAAUCACAGGAAUACUUGUACCUUAGUCGUCACAGCAACAAAAUCUGAGCGUACUUCUAAUCCAGGUGCUAGCGGUGGCAGUUCCAGUAGCUCAGCGUCACCGAAGAGUGCAGUCUCACCACAGAAAGGCGGGGAAAAAGUGACAAAACUUUCAUCUGGCAAGUCUGGGCAAUCUCCGAAUGGGAAAGUAACACCAGCUUCGGCCGCUGCAUCCUCAGGUGAGCAGAGUUAUUUAGAACUUUAGAGUUUGACUUUGUGACGACCGAGAUAUUAAUCAUACGACCAUAUUAACAUUUGCUAUCUUGUUCAACAUCAACCCGUUUCCACAGCCAUGCCAAGUACCUACGUGGAAGCAUGGGAUAUAGGUCGACAGGGCUUGACAGCAGAAGAGAUCAAUAUUGCACCUAAUGAGCAGCUUGCGGCUUCAGUCAGCGACUCGGAUGACGCACCAUCUGAGCCGAUCUUGUCCCCGAGACAUUUGAGAGGGUACUAGAGGAAAGCUGGAUUUGAAUUGUGAGUUUUUUUUUAGCACCAGGCCGAUUCUGUUCCUGCUAGGUAAGAAAGUACUUGAACCUACUGUCACCAUCAUUUCAAGCACUUGUCUCUCCGCUUCAAAGCUCACAGGUUUUCAACCCAACGUGUCCACCACGACCCAAAAAUCUUAGGCGCGAGAAAGCUCGUGAGUAUUAUAUGUCAAUGGUUUCGACGAAGCACCGAACACAGCUAGACAGUGUCGCAGACCGGCUUAUUGCCCUACUACGACGAGCAAAGCAAUUGGGGCGGGUGGUUAUUGUCACGAAUGCCGAAACUGGUUGGAUCGAACUCAGCUGUAAAGCUUGGUUGAACAAGGCUUUGCCGGAGGUAUCUAUAAUAAUGCUUAUUUACUCGUCACUUCGACUUUGCUGGAGGUAUGUUGCACCACGACUUUGUCUUUUGCUCGUCAAUUUCAGGUCCUAAGUUGUCGUCUCGUUUCUGCGCGCUCGUCGUAUGAGCAGCCGAGUGGGAGUAAGUCUCCAGCAGGUUGGAAGGCUGACGCUUUUCGGGAUGUGGUCAGAGAGUUUUAUAUUGCGCGAUCGUGGAAGAAUAUCCUUUCUAUCGGAGACGCACCACACGAAAGGGAAGCGGUUUUUCGGAUACAGAGUGGUAGUACAUUAUAAAUAUCUAUCUUUUAAUUACGAAAGAGAAGCGGUCUUUCGGAUUCUACAGAGUGGGUGUACAUGACUUUUGUAUCUGUGACAAGGUUUGUUCUUUUCGUUGUCCUCUUUAGCUUUGCCGUUUUAGCUUUGGUUACUUGUAGUAGAACCAACUAUUAAUAAAGAACGUUUUGUGAAGCUGAAGACCCCUUUUUAAUAUACGCCUCUUCAGAUUCCAACCACCCUAUGUGUCGCGUGAAGUCCGUAAAGUUGCAAGUCAGACCCAAGGUGCCAGAGGUGUUGAGGCAGAUGAGCAGACUGCAAGAGUCAUUGGAGAGCAUUAUCCAUGCAGAUUGCAAUCUAGAUCUCGAAUUUAUGCCAGAUACUGGAGGAUUUGAGGACAUGCUUACGGAUGGGGAGCUGCUUUUCUAGACGAUAUGCAGCUCACGGGUGUUGAGGAGCUGCUUUUCAUGCGAGGAGAUUUGGGCAGCUUGUUACAAAUGGUUGGGGGGGGGAGCUGCUCUUCUUUUUCUAAGGUUUGCUAGGAAAUUCAAGCAGCUUGUUGCGGAUGGUAUGCCUCUUUCUCUAAUGUUUCGAAGUAGAUCUAGAUGGAGGUGGAUUAGGGUCGUUACAAUGAAGAUCGAAGAUGCGAGAAUGCUAGUUGUAUGACUUAAUAUGAUAGUGCGACGAAAUUUGCUUCUUUCAUUUGCCUUUUCGUUUUUUCGUUUUUACGCAUAGAAAUCGCAGCUCUCAUGAAAAAGUUUGAAUGACUUUGCUCAAACAUAUGCCCUCGACAGUAUAUUAUAGAAGUUGGGGAUGACAACUACAUUGUAGAUACAAUUAUCGGCUUCGUCCCUGAUGAACGAGGAACGAGCCGAGCUGUAUGAUAUAUUCAAUUUUUUGAGUCUAUGGAAAGACCAUGAAGAUCAUGUAGGUGUCAGACUACAAUAAAGAGCUGAAAAGCGCGUACUAGGCGUGGAUCUCGAUGUUUUUAGGAAAAUUAACUAAAUCGUAACUGUAACAGUAACUGUCUAAAUGAUAUGGGACGAUCACUUGUGAUCGCUGGUCGCGUCUGACGGGCCGCUCAACAUCCCGUCAUCGUCGUAUCUGUCGUUCUUACAAGGUCAAGGCCUAUGCCUAGGAUGCAACGAACAAGAAUAGGCUAACUACAUAGCUGCGCACCACGCGACCUUGACAUCGACAACAUAGGUAUGAAAUGAAUGAACAUCAUUGCAGCACGACUCAUAAAAUGAAAAUCUCCUUAACCUAGCGUGUGGGUGUGGGUGUGAUACUCCAUUCUAAGGAGUACUACUACCAAGCUAGGUAUAGAAAAAUAAAAAUGUUGAAAUUAGUCGAAAAGCACUCGAGUGAACGGUCACAUCAGACGGCGCAUGAGGAGGUCGCGUGAUUUUUUAUGUGUGAUGAACGUUAAAAGCAGAGUCAUUUCACCAUGGUACAUGCUUACCUAAUUACACCUAUUUACAGAUCAUUCUUUGCGUUUUUGUUGUUUUAUUGAUGAAUGAAAUGAAUGUUUUUACCACAAAUGAAGCAAAAGCAAUGUCACGACUAGUUUCUUGAUAAUUAGUGCGACAUGUUGAAUCAGUAUCAUUGUUUUUCAUUUUCAUGAAGUUUUUUUUGAACAAAUUUUAAUUAAAAGGAAGCGAACAACAACAAUACUCAUUCCGCCCAAAUAAAUUAGAGGUUCGUACUGCUUCCACUGCACUUGUCCUGCUCUUCAGCGGAUAAUUGGGAGUCUAGUUUUUCUGUUUCGCCUCGUCGGUUUUAUACUGUGAAGUUUUUUUAUUACAAUGAAUCGCGGAAGGGAAACAACACUACAUAGAUUAGCUCCUGAGUUUUUGGCAAGUAGUCAAUUUACUUGUUCUAAUGAGCUUCACGCAGUAGCAGUCUGUCGUGAAAUAUAUAAAAAUUUAUAAUUAUCGAUAUUUUUACUAGCGGCCGCGUUUUUUGGCCAAAAUACAGCAACAGCCAUGUCUGCCCUAAACAAGGUUAUUUCUUGUGAAACUGACUGUGGGGUCGAUAAGCUGCAGCAUUAACAUUUGAUUCACAGCUGACCACAAGGUAUUUGGAGCACUAACAAUCGAAUUAUGAGCCCAGACCCAGUAGAACAAGUACAAAAUAAGUGGCUGUUCUCUAAAUGAAUGAGACACAAUCUACCUUCUACAUAUUUGUACAUUCUUAUGCCUGUUUCUAUUGACGGGGCGUGUUUCUCCCUGUAUACUUCCAACAUCCAGAUGAACGCUAUUUGAAGACACGACAUUCUCUCCAGGGAUCUUCACCCAUGAUUUGCUGCUGCAGCAGUUGUAGCGGUUUUUACUGUUCAUGUACAUCUUGUAUAUUAUCCAUCGUGGUACUUAGAAGUGUACUGCAUCAUAUAAUUCAUCAAUAUCCAACAUGCUUGCCUUUGCUUUUUUCAACAGCAAACUGGCUGUAAUAUAGUCGCGAGGGUCGACGCGGACAGGCGGGCCAAGUCCGGAUGCGAGGGGUUAAGAGCCUAUCACCGACACCAUGUUUGCCCUCGGCUCCUUUUUUCAGUCACGCCGGUCGAUGACUGAGAAAGACCUUCGUGUGACAGAUUUGAUUAGAUAGGUGCUGCCUACCAAGAACUUCUGUAUGCAAAAUGAAAAAGUCGAGCAUAGUAACUUUUUUCUUUCAUGUUCCUUGUUGUACAAUGUAUUUAAUGGGUGGAACAUGAUUUAGUUUUUUUUUUUGAUCAUAUUAGCCAAUCCAUACAUAGCUUCGGUGGAGCUAAAGGGAAAAACUAAAAAGUAUAGCAUAAGAUAAGCAUGAUGCGUGUACAACGUGAACAUUCUUGUAUUCCUUAAAGAAAAUGAGGUUGGAAGUGAAAACAAUUGGCAUAUUUAUUAGGAUGUGUUUUGGUUGUUACUACACCAGUGGUCACAUGAGUCUUAGGAACAACAGGAUGGAGGCGCGACACAGAAGGAGGCGACCGUUUGGAAGAUUCUGGUCGAAGGGGAAGGCAGUAUCCAUUGUCAUCAUCUACUGGCAGAAGUGCAAUAGCAAUUAUGACUGAAAUCAUUAUCAUCUCAAUGUACUAUAAAAAAUAGAAGAUGUAGUUGAGAAAGUGUUGCGGAGAUACGAGGUGGAUUGCACAGGCUCCAGUACUUAAUUUAGGCACAGUGGUCAUUUUUUUCUAUCUGUUGUAGGUAACUAGUUCAUUCUACUCGUGGUUGUUGUGAAGUAAGUACUAUUAUAGUUGUUUGAAAAGAAAUUAUAGAAGAUAGAGAAAAGAUAGGAGAUGUCUUUAGUAGAACUUUCUAGUUCUUGGUUGUAGGUCUAGGUUAGAGUUGAAGAUGAGUGUGUGGCUUCUUGAGUACUGAAACGUACUAGAAGAUCACCCGCUGCUCCCCAUCAUCUCCAAUACCAAUUGUAGGAUGAAUUUCCCUGCACUGCCUCUACAACUGAGGAUGAUCAUGUGUCGUUCAGUGAUUGUGAUCUUCAGUGAUUGUGAUAACUCCACCACUAGAGUUGUACCAGUAGAACAGAGGCGGGCAUAUUUGAUCUUAAUCUUCAUAGAGUACCUGCUAAAAGACUUGAGGCACUAUGCACAAAAUGAACAAAAGUCCUUCAACCAACUGCAACUCACUAGUGGAACGUUGGAUGUCGAUUAUAAUGGAUUUUGAUUUUCUUCAAGGAAGAUCACAUACGGUGUUUAUGACAACAAGCCUCUGCUCCAUUUCUAUUAUAAUUUCACAAAAAUUCUACUUCUAAAAAUGUGAUCGAGCUUG